AUGCUAUCCAGAGUAUGGACGGCAAAACCUGCCUGCACGCGGCUGGGCACGCAAUAUAGGCGACGGGCGGCCGUGAGCCUCGCGAAUUCUCGAUCUGUCAACCCAGUAUACCAGGCCCCGUACAGCGCAACGCCCUCCUCCAGACUGUUCGCUGCGAUAGAGCAGCUCGCAGAGAAAGGGCCAGAUCUAGGAGAGACUGCGACAGAACCAGCCUCCAUCGAGCCGCACACUACCGAGUCGAGGAAGCGAACAAACCGUGACGGGAGUUUCAACCAUGUGUUCACAAAGUCGCGGUUUUGGAAUAUCCCAGACGAAGAUGUGGCCGCCGAGAUUGCGCGCUCCCCGUUUGUGCCCACGGCACGGCAAUACACGAGACCUCUGGCCAUGAAGAUGCAGGCAGCGGCACUGGCCAAGGACGCCAGGGCGCAGAUCGGUCUGCGCGCUCUCUGGGCAUCUCACUUUGAGCAGCCCGAGAAGCACCACAUGGUCGACGGCUUCACGUGGAGAAACAUCAUGCUCCUCGUCCAGAACAUCUCGCCGGGUAAGUGGCGGGGCCGGAAGAUGGCCGCCAUGCGGAUCGUGCUGCCCUCGGAAUGGGGUGUCGACAUGGACACGCGCAAGAUCUUCCGCGUCAACCUCGCCGCCACGGUCGAAGAGAAGCUCACAGUAUAUCGAGACCACGCCCGUCGCCAGAAACGCACGAGCAAGGCCGACACGUCCUCGUUUGUCGUCAGGGGGGAGAGGCUGUCGCUGUCUGCCCUGUCGCGUCGUCUGCUCCAGAAGAGCAAGCAGAUCCAGAUAUAUGAACUGGGCGACAUUGAAACCACAGACUAUGCGGUCAAGCAGCUGUGGCCGCAGAUUGAGGAUAUGGACGAGGCGACCGGCUCCUCUGCGGCGGAGCAACAGGACAAGGACAAGGACGCAAAAGACCGCGACUUCUGGGUCCACCGUGAAGCACCUAAGCCGUACAACCUCGCGACGCGGCUCGAGGACAUCCCCAUACCAUUGGAAUGGACGCAGGACAGUUUUGACGAAUAUGUUGAGGCCGUCGUCUGCGGUCAGCUGGUACCCGAGAUGGCCCAACAACUCUACGGCGCCGACAGUGAAGGCCUCUGCCGCCACGAACGUGUCGAUUUCUCCUCCAUCCGCUCUCGACUCCUCAUGAGUGCGUUUCUGGAUCAAAAGGCAAAGCCAUUCAUUACGACGCCGACUUUCAAGAUGGCGCUCAACCUCAUCAGCAAGGCCGGGGGCAACCGUGCCCUGGCCAAGGAGCUCUUUGACAAGGUGGAGGCCAUCGGCCUGCCGAUGGACACGGAAGUCUACAACAUCAUGCUGGAGAGCUACGUCCUCAGUCGUGACGUCCGCUUCUUCUACAGUUUUCUGCGCAAGAUGCAGCAACGCUACGUUCGGGCCAACGCCCGCACAUGGGUCCUACUGCUGAGACUCGUGAAGAAGGACGACGCUCGCAGAGAGAUUGUCACUGUCAUGCACAAGCUCGGCCUCUUCCAGGACGUCAACCUGCGCCGCGAGACGGCGGCCAUCAUGGGCCCCAUGCAUCUCCACGAAGCAUUCCAAAGCCAGAAUUAUCCUGCCGACUUUAUGCGGGAUAUGACUGAGAAGUACGGCAAGCGUUGGAACAGCACAGACGCCGUCCACGCGCUACUUGAGGAGCAUUUCAGGCUCACCGCCCAUUCGAAGCUUCUACAACACCAAUACGCCAGUUUUCUCGGCAAGGUCACCUUGGGCAGAGAGGGAUUUGAGACCAUGAUUGAAAAUGCCUUUCUUGUGAGGAGCUGGCCGCUCGCAAUCGACGCGCUGACCCGCAUGGCCGAGGUUGGCCAUGAGCCCUCCUCCAAGAUCUACCACAAGCUUCUGCAACUCUGCGAAAUGACAGCAUGCCCCUCCGCGGCGGGCAUGGUUUUCUACCACAUGGUUCUCACAGGCCACACUCGAUCAAGAGCGCUAUCCGCCAUAAUGCAUAUGCUGCAGGGGGGGUCGCCGAGCACGCCCUACUGGAAAUAUGCCAACAUCCUUCUCAUGGACAAGUCUGCGAGCCAGCAGCUCAAGCGAAGCCCCGCCAAGAAUGUCAAGGAAGCCUUGACCGGAAUCAUCGGGAUUCUGACCAGACGCUGCGACGGCUUCCGCCCCAGUGCCCAGCUCGUCACGGACGUCAGGUGCGGACUGUCCCGGGAUCGUGACUUGCGGCGGCAACAGAAGCAGCAGCAGCAGCAGCAACAGUCGACUGUGGCACCACCGCUGAAGAUCAGGGUCAAAAAUUUGGCUACCGGUAAAUUUGACUACUUGUCUCUCACUCAUGGGUUUGAAGACGAUCACCUCGCGCAAGGGCAGAUUAAACCACAACUGUCAGCGCCGGCGGACGGGAGUCACAUCCCCCCUUUGGCAACAGGCUUGAUUGGAAGGCCUGGAAACUUCAAGCAAGGCGGGCAGCACGAUGCCGAGAUUAGCAAACAGCCCGAGAUCAUCACCCCGGCACCUGAUGCCGAGAACAACGAGUGA